UACGGUGGCCGACAACGGUCAUCCAAAGUCAAAACCACAAAAUUGGUAAAAUUGGUAAAGUCUAAAUUCGUUUAUACGCAAAAGUCAAAGUCAGUUCUUCUUUUCUCUAUUUUCGCUUUAUUGAUUUUCGCCUUUGUCAAUAUUCGUCUUUCCGACUUUCGCUUAGACGUGACUUUUCCUUUUGUGCAUUUUCACUUUUUGAAAAAAAACCGGCAGGCGUUACUUGCUCAAUACCUAAGGGAGACUGGCUACUUGUUCUCAGUCCCCCUCGUUUUAGUACGAACAAAAUGGCGGAUACAGAAGGUGAUUUGGAAGAUGUUGUACAAUUUUUGGAAAGGCAGAUCCAGUUGAAUAAACCCAUGAAGACGUUGUUAAAAAUUCUUCAGAUCAAAUGCAAUAUCACUUGCUCAGAAAGCAAACUCAGAAGGUUUCUGAGAGAAAAAGGAAUUGUUAGGCAUGACCCAAACCUUCGUCCUAAGGAUGUUCUUUUAUCCAUAAUAAAUGAAAUGGAUGGAAGUGCUUGCAAGUUAGGCUACAGAAUGAUGUGGACUCGACUUAGGAGAAGGGGAAUUCUGGUAAAAAGGGAUCAAGUAGCUGCCUGCAUGAAAGUUCUUGGAGCUGAGAAGCAAGCACCAGCACACAAACGCAAGCAUUAUCCUAAUUACUAUUYCAAGGGAACCAAAUUACACCUGGCACAUCGAUGGUAACGAUAAACUUGCAACAUGGGGCUUCUAUACCCAUGGUGCAGUUGAUGGUUAUAGCAGGAAGCUUUUAUGGCUUAAAGUAUUUGUCACAAACAAAGACCCUUGGAUUACAUUAAAACAUUUCAUGGAAUCAAUUGAGAAGAUUGAAG